AUUCCUCAAUCAAUUUAAAGUAAAAGACCAAAGUCACAUGCAGUCAACAAGAGUAAGAACCAGUAGAAGGGGUAUGAUGGUCUUUUCAACUUCAGUGGCAUGCGGACGACGACGAAACCCGGCUUCACUCAGCCGCUACCCGCCAUGUUUUCAGAGAUGUUCUGCACCAAAAUCUAUACGCAUGUCAAGUUCUCCUCUCUCUCUCUCUCUCUCUCUCACUACCCUUUUGACUCUCUCUCUCUCUCUCCCAAAUGACUACAAAAACCAUGCAAAAAAAGUAAACCAACCAUCAAUAUUUUCUUGGUUUUUGAUUUUACCCCAAAACCCUUGUGAAUGAAGAUGGAGGGUGGUAGUGAGAGCGCGGUGGUUGACGUGUCAACUUCCGGCGGAGCUACUCCGGCAAGUUCACGGUGGAAUCCGACGAAGGAACAAAUAACUAUUUUGGAGAACUUGUAUAAGCAAGGUAUUAGGACUCCCACUGCAGAGCAGAUACAACAGAUCACUGGUAGACUCAAGAGCUUUGGUCACAUAGAAGGCAAGAACGUGUUUUAUUGGUUUCAGAAUCACAAGGCUAGGCAGAGACAAAAACAGAAGCAAGAGAGCUUGGCUUAUUUCAAUCGCUAUCUCCACAAGGCUUCCAAUGUUUUUCCUCCUCCUUGCCCUAAUGUUGUUUGCAGCCCACCAUAUUACCUACCACAAAACGAAUUAGGGUUCUACCCACACUACCCCAAGGUGCUUCUACCCGGUGGCAUCAAGCGAAAACCAGCAAGGCCAGAUACAGUGGAGAAUAUGAAAACUUCUGGUGGCGGUGUGGGCAUUGAAUCUGCACCGUUGAGUUACAAUACCACUGAUCACGAUGGUUUGAUCACCGGUGAUAAUAACUCUAACUCCAAACAAGAAACCUUGCCUCUGUUUCCACUGGAGCCUACCGGCAUUUUGCAAGCAAGAACAACAAGCUCUUCUCUAGCUUCGACCUCUGCUGAGAAUUCCACUGCUACUCCUUCGAGCUCCUCGGACACUACAGGCAUUGAAGAAGGUGGUUUUGGUGAUCAACCUUUCAUUGAUUUCUUUUCUGGAAAUAAUGGAAAUUAUGAGAGUGAUUGAAUUGAAUGCUAAUUGUUAAGAUGGUUUUUUUGCACUAACCCAUGCACUAAUUGGUUAUGUAAGAGAGGAUUUUACUACUAAUUGGGUUGUUGUAAGUGAAUUUGGGGUGUGGAUUUUUGGGGGUGUGUUGAGGAGGGUUGUUUCUCUUUUGUUGUUUCGGAACAGUGCGUUGUAGGGAUGGAUUUGGUUG